AUGGCGGCUGAAGAUCUAUCAGAGGCUGGGAUGGCGGAUAUUAUCCGUGCCUUAGAAGUUAUCCACAGUCCUACAUCCACGAACGAGCUUCGGAAAGAAGCCUUGUCCUUCGUCGAGGCUCUGAAGGCGAAUGAGGCGGCGGCUCGCAAUGGAUUCCUCUUGGCUUCACGCGAAGAUCAUGCAGCUGUUGUACGGUAUUUUGGUCUAACUCUACUAGAUCACGUUCUUCGUCACCUUUCCUUCACCAACCCGGAGGAAUCCACGGCCCUGCGAUCGAUGAUCCUACAACUUGCGGAGAACAUUCGUCCCGAGGACCCAAGUUAUUUCCGCAACAAGAUCCCACAGCUCUGGUCAGAGGCAGCAAAGAAGAGCUGGGGCUUAGAUUGGGUGGAUAUGGAUGAGGCACUGGUCAAGUUCUGGGGGGUGUCGCUAGUACACAAUGAACUGGUGCUCUCCGUAUUGGAGACCUUAUCAGAGGAUGUCUUCUUUCGUGAGGAUACGGUCUCGUCUCUGCGCGGAACUGAACUGAAUCGUGCCCUUGUCGAGAUCUUCACUCCUGCUGCAAUCGUGGAACAAAUUCAUGCCGAAAAGACACUCAACUCGGUUCAGCGAUGCGGACAAGAAGGUUGGCUCGUGCGAAUUUGCGAGUUCUUGGAUAGUUGUGUGCAAAAUGUGUCUACUUCGUCUGAAGCACGCGAUGCGGCCGUCAAGGCUCUGAUGACUUUGAGAUCGGCGCUGUCUUGGUCAAUCUACAAGGCAGUCAUCGCAGGCCAAGUCGUAGCCAGUAUUUUUAGGGCAUUGACUUGUCAAGAUGAGCAAGUGUUAUUGGCUGCAGUUGAGGCGUUGCAUUCGCUCUAUGGUCGAAACAACAUGGGAAAUGAGGAGUCUCACGGCCUGGUGUGUCUCAUUUUCGAGAAUGACUACCUGAACACCCUUCAGAACCUUUAUCAAUGGUCGGUCGUGGGGCCGGAAGAUGUCGAUGAGCCAAAGUAUCUGAUUUCGAAGAAAGUGUCUGAGAUGGUUUCAUAUGUCGCUGGAUGUCUCGAGGAUGAGAGGUUCCUGCGCGACACAAUGCACCGUCUUGACCUUCCCCCAUUCUUCAACUUCAUGUUGACUAUCAUGCAGCACCAAAGCUUGACUGUGUCAAUUCCCUGUCUUCAUCUUUGGUCGAGACUCUUGAGCAUUCAGAAGAUCAACACGAUGGAAUUCGUUGUCAAUCAGACCCCAACCUUUCUCGCUAUUUGCACUCAACGCUUGAUACGUUGGGAGUCACUUCCUACCGACUCGGAGGAUCCCACUAUCCAAUUUUUGGUCGAAGACAUUGACACAAUUCCAGAGAGACAUGCAUUCCUCGGAAAUUAUCGUCGAUACUGUUCGUCGAUCAUCGAAAGUAUCACGCAGAAACGCGCCCAAGAGGCCGUGCGCGAGAUUCUGGCACGGGUCGAUGAGAAUCUAGACAAUCUCUACAAUGGUGUAGAGCCGUUUCAAAUGGGAGGUUACAGCAAGUCAUCGAUCCCUCUGAUGCGAGCAGACGCGCAAUUUGCGGUCGUGGAAGCCGUGAUAAAGGGUUUCAAUAAAUGGAUCGAGGCUCACGGAAAGGCGCCCCAAAAAGAUGAACAGGAAAGAAGAGAAUUAGAGCAUGCAGUGGAGAACUGGGCGUACAGGCUCAUGCAAAGGACAUUUGAUGAUCCCAUGAUCAAGCAAAAGGUCAUCAAAUUGGUGGUCGACAUUUCCUCCAAAGCACUUGAUAACCACCCCGCAUAUGCUCUCAAAGUCCUUGAGCACAUCCUCAUGACGCGUCUUCCUGACCAGCCUGAAUUCCCUGUCUACGCGGAGGCCGUCAAGGAAUUGCAUGGUCUAGCCAGCCACGAGCUGCGGCGCCUAGCGAUACGCUACGCUGACUACUUCUCUACUUUCUAUGAUCUGCUGGAGCCCAAGAUUCGAGAGAUCACACAGGCCAACCACGUUGACGACAAACUCCAAAUGGAGUUGACAUCCAUUCUUCUCAUCAUCAUCCAGCGGGCCAGUAGCCUGGAUCCAAAUCUGCGCCACAGCCGAUUGGCAAGCUUCUUGAUGCCCAUUCGAGAGGCAUGGCAAGACGAGGAGUUCCGUCGCAUGAGCUCGACAUUCGAGGGCUUCUGCAUCAUGCUGGGUCUGGAGAAUGUCGGAUCUUAUAUGCAGGCAAAACAGGCCCAUAGACUAGAAGAUUGGUCCUCUGUCUCCCUGGAUAAUGAAGGAAAGGUUGUUCAGGAAGAGAUGACUCGAAAGUUCCAGAUGCUACCUCUACGUGGUACGAAAACUAUGCUGGCCGUGUCGACCGACAAGCUGAAAAGAACCUCCCCUGCCUACCAGGUCGCAUGCGACAUGUGGCAAGAUCUGAUUCCCCAAAUCCUCCCCACUAUGGUUCAGUUACUCACCCAUGCUCAUGCUUUUCACAAUCCGGCCAACUGGGCAGUGAGUAAUGAAAUACGGGCUGUGGUGGAGCGCAUUUUAACGGACCGCUUUUGGCAAGCUGGUAUUUCCACAGGUAGUCGGGACGAGUUCUAUGCCAAGAUUACUGCUUCCAGGUCAACCCUCGAAGGUUUCGCAUCUUCUGUCCGUGGGAAGAUUCGCGCAGUACGAGAAUCAUGCUACUCAAUGCUUUUCAGUAUGAGCAGAAUGCGUGACCAUUUCUACGGCUUUGCCGAAUUGCCAGGCCCUUUGUCUGAAGCGCUUUUCAAGGAUGCAGAGCACCUUUCAUCGCACCAGUUCUCUGUUCUCCUCAAUAUCUCGCGUUGUUUGAUCGACGAUUGCCCGGUCAGAUACCGUGCCCAAUUCUUGCCGCCAAUGCUCGCCACUUUGUUCCGUAGCCUCGAUCGCAAGAUUACGACUGAAUGGGAAACGAUUGAGCAGCGGAAGAACGGUGGCAUGGACGGGGAUCUCACUGAUGAGAUGAAGUCAGAAAGUGUUCUUCGUCAAUUGACGUACGCUGCUGUGAUUAUGGUCGCGAGCCUAUUCGAUCCCCAACGAGGAGGUAAGAAGCGCCCCGCUUCCAGGACUUCUGUUCAGAAGAUCGAACAUGGUCGAAAUGAACUCGCGCAGCAAAUGUCGCUUCUUUCAAAAAACUUACAUUCCAUCCGCUUAGACCCCGAUCGAGCCGAAAUAGACCCUAGUGCACCACAAUCACCACCUGAGCUGUCAGACUCUAUUCGUCAUUUUGUCCUAUCAUCGCCAGAGAUCUUUGAGCCUGUCAUGCUUUUCUGUACCCACGCUUUACGGAUGCGCGACACACGCUGCUGCAGCAUUAUCACUCGGGUGGUGCGAUCCAUUCUGGCCGAUUUCGCGCCCCCGCACAACAGUCCGACAAUUGCUACCAUUCGUGAGUUCAUUUGCACCGACGUUCUGCAGGCCUGUAUCUCCUCGGUUCAUGAAUCAUAUUUCGUGGAUAUGCAAAAGGACCUGGCCCAACUGAUCGCCUCAAUCUGGGUACUAUACGGCGUCUGCAGCGAAACACCUCGCUCCGUGUUCCUCUCUCUACCAGGCAUUGCUCCAGAAAAGGUCUCACACACGGAGAUCUCUCUCCAGCGAUGCACAUCUCCCCGCCAACAAAGAGCUUUGGUUCUCGAGCUCCUUGAGCCCCUUCGUGGUGUGAGCAUUGCCGAACAAGGCAAGAUUCUGGGCUCGCGGGAGGAACGGCGCAAAGCACGAACUGCAAUCCAAAAUCGCUACAUGACCAAUGAGAUGGAGACUCAGCAGGAGGCUCAGCGCGUCGACAUCAACGACGGUCCCGACCUUUCUGGUGUCGCCGACAUGUUCGGCUAA